AUGAAGCUGUACCUUUCUUUACCUCUAUUCGCGUCCCUAGCAUCGGCAAUAUGGCCGAUUCCCGUCCAAUAUGAACACGGAGACGGUGUACUAUUCAUAUCGGAACAUGUUUCCUUUAACUGGGGGGCUGGCGCAGGCAAUGUAGGCUUCACGGACCAGCAUGAGAACACAUACAUCUUCAGGGCGAACUCUGACGAAAUAUCGCACGUACAGGACCAGCAGGGUGGCUAUCGCAAACGCGCCUCCUCCGAUGAAUACGGGAAUGCAAGUGAGGCGCCUACGGGAGACGACAUGGUCGAUUACGCCGUCUACUCGGCGCAUAGGACAAUUUUCAAGAGGGGCUUCGUGCCCUGGAAGUUCCAUCCAAGGGACUGGGAGGAGCCGGAUCCAGAUGAAGCGACAUACAUCACGGAGGUUAAGCUUGAGCUGCUCCAGGAAGAUCCGGAGGAUAUCGCAAAGCCGUUAGCGGGAGCCGUGGAGGAAUCCUAUGCCCUCACUUUGACUAAAGACGGUCAAGCAACCAUAUCCGCGAACUCGAGCGUCGGAAUUAUUAGGGGCCUCACCACAUUCACGCAGCUAUUCUUCCAGCAUUCAAAAGAAGGAGCCUACACAACCCUCGCACCCGUCAAAAUCUUCGAUGCACCGAAAUUCCAACACCGCGGUGUUAAUCUCGACGUCUCGCGAAACUACUUCUCAGUCAAGGACAUCAAGCGCACAAUCGACGCUCUAGCCUACAACAAAAUGAACCGGUUCCAUCUCCACGUAACCGAUUCCCAGUCAUGGCCUCUUGAGAUUCCAUCUCUACCCGAGCUCUCCGAAAAAGGCGCAUACCGUCCGGAUCUAGUCUAUUCUGCAGACGACUUCAGAGACCUCCAGCACUUUGCAGCUAUUCACGGCGUUGAGAUGAUCACCGAGAUCGAUAUGCCAGGCCACACUUCCUCAAUCUACUUAAGCCACCCCGACCUCAUCGCCGCCUACAACGUCCAACCAAACUGGAACACCUACGCGGCCGAACCGCCCUCCGGAACUCUCAAGCUAAACUCAUCCGCCGUAUCCGACUUCCUCGAAACGCUCCUUGACGACCUUCUCCCGCGCAUCUACCCAUUCUCUUCCUACUUCCACACAGGCGGCGACGAAGUGAACAAGAACGCAUACACGCUCGACGACACCGUCCAAUCCAACGACACCGCCGUCCUCCAGCCCCUGAUGCAAAAAUUCAUCGACCGAAACCACGACCAAGUCCGCGCCAUGGGCCUCACGCCAAUUGUCUGGGAGGAGAUGCUGCUGGAAUGGAACCUCACGCUCGGCGACGACGUCAUAGUGCAGAGCUGGCAGAGCGACGAAGCAGUCGCGCAGAUUGUGGAAAAGGGACAUAAAGCGCUUGUCGGAAACUAUCAAUACUGGUACCUCGACUGCGGCAAAGGCCAAUGGCUCAACUUCGACCCCUCCAUCGCCGCUUCCAACUGGCCCUUCAAUGACUACUGCGCCCCCUACCACAACUGGCGCGCCAUGUACUCGUACGACCCGCUCUCCGGCGUCCCCGACGACAAGCAGCAUCUCGUGCUCGGCGGCGAAGCGCACAUGUGGGCCGAGCAGACCGAUCCCGUGAAUGUCGAUCGCAUGAUCUGGCCGCGAGCCGCGGCUGCGGCGGAGGUUUUGUGGAGCGGAGCGAAGGAUGAGAAUGGACAGAAUAGGAGCCAGAUCGAAGCAGCGCCGAGGCUGAGCGAGAUGAGGGAGAGGCUUGUGGCGAGGGGUGUGGGCGCAGAUGCGAUUCAAAUGUCGUACUGUACGAUGAACGGGACGCAGUGUGCAUUGGGAUUGUCAUAG